AUGCGGCUUGGGCUGUGUGUAGUGGCCCUGGUUCUGAGCUGGGUGCACCUCGCUGUCGGCAGUAGUCGGGGGAUCAAGGGCAAGAGGCAGAGGCGGAUCAGUGCUGAGGGGAGCCAGGCCUGUGCCAAAGGCUGUGAGCUCUGCUCGGAGGUCAACGGCUGCCUUAAGUGCUCGCCCAAGCUGUUCAUCUUGCUGGAGAGGAACGACAUCCGCCAGGUGGGCGUCUGCUUGCCGUCCUGCCCACCUGGAUACUUCGACGCCCGCAACCCCGACAUGAACAAGUGCAUCAAAUGCAAGAUUGAGCACUGCGAGGCCUGCUUCAGCCACAACUUCUGCACCAAGUGUCAGGAAGGCUUGUACUUGCACAAGGGCCGCUGCUAUCCAGCCUGUCCUGAGGGCUCCACUGCGGCCAACGGCACCAUGGAGUGCAGCAGUCCUGCUCAAUGUGAAAUGAGUGAGUGGUCCCCGUGGGGUCCCUGCUCCAAGAAGAAGAAGCUCUGUGGUUUCCGGAAGGGCUCUGAGGAGCGGACGCGCAGGGUGCUCCAUGCUCCCGGGGGGGACCACACUGCCUGCUCUGACACCAAGGAGACUCGGAGGUGCACAGUGCGGAGGACACCGUGUCCUGAGGGGCAGAAGAGGAGGAAGGGAGGCCAGGGCCGGCGAGAGAAUGCCAACAGGAACCUGGCCAGGAAGGAGAGCAAGGAAGCAGGCUCCGGCUCCCAGAGACGCAAGGGACAGCCACAGCCGGGGACAGCAGGGCCACUCACAUCUGCAGAGCCAACCUAG